GAACCACGGUGUUUUGAUGGAAACCCGGCUGAUUAUUUACAAUUUGUAAAGGAGUUUGAGAUCAUGUUGAGUGGUUUUUUAUUAAAUGAUGAAUUGAAAUUGAUGUAUUUGAUGAGAUAUUGCACUGGAGAUGCUGCAAGAGCUAUACAGUGUUGUAAGUUUAUGAAGCCAAAGGAGGGCUACGAUGAGGCUAUGAGCAUAUUACGCCAAAGGUUUGGAAGACCUUCGAUGAUUGCAGGGAAAUUAUUCGAGGCUGUUGAGGGUAAUGGUGGUCAAUUACAGGAUGACUCCCAGGCACUCACUGAGUUUUUAGAUAAUUUGCUAAUUUACAAGAAUGGAAUGAUUUCGAUGAAUCGAAUGAGUGACCUCAACUCGAGUUUUAUACUAGAAGUAAUAGCAAGACGUCUACCUACUCGACUGCAAAGGAAGUGGGUGAAGAUAAGCUCCCGUAUGGAGGAUGAGGGUAUCGAGCCAAAGUUUGAUGAUAUCCUGAAACUGGUAAAUACUAGUGUCAAUCAAUCUAUGAGCAAGUUUUCCAGUCUGUUAGAUCUCACCCCUAGAAUAGAGCAGUCUGAGGGUAAAACGCAAUCAUUGAUGACGAGUAGGCCUCAGAGAGGUGGAUAUCGAGAAGACUCCAUGAUGUCUAGUAAUGCAUAUAGACCUAGUGAGUGUAACAGGUUUCGUAGUACAUCCUCAACAGAUAAGUUACAAGAUGCAAGACAAACACGGCUUUGUUCUACACGUGUGCAAGAGGUGCAUACAGAAGUGAACUGUGAACCAGUGAGCAAGUUCAGUGAUAAGCUAAAUGUAAACUCCAGGCCUUACUCCGAAUUGUGUGACGAUAACGUUGUUGUGAAGAAGUCUGUAGUUGCAACUGGUAAGCCGUUGCUAAAUAGAGUGUCACAGAAUAGAGUUACUGCUUCAGAGUGGAGUUCUGACUCCAAAAGUUUACAAAGUAUAACUAGUCAGAGUGAAGAUGUAAAACCUUUAAUAAUUUUUGAGGAGGAACCAAAAUUGUCUACUUCUGUUAUUAAAGAGUUUGAAAAUGAUGAAGUUGACGGUAAAUUGGAUAUUUGUGAUAAUGAUCAUGAUAGUGCAGAUUUGUCUUUG